UCCAAAUUCCUCACCAGUCAACACUUUAACAUGUCACCCAGUGACGGUACUGUCCCUCGUUUUGUGUUUGCGGUUAUUACAGAGACUCGACAGAAACUCCACGGAUCGAUCACCUCAUCAACUCGAGUCAUAGUUAUAAUUUUGGAUUCUACGACAAUAUGAAAAAACUGCUAUUUCUCUUUUCUUUCACAUUAUUUUUGGACGGUGUGUUUGGGGAGGGAAAAAAAGUGUCAGUGAAGGAGGGAGAUUCUGUCAUUCUACCAUCUAAUGUCACCGAAAUACAGAGAAUAUUUCUGUUGAUGUGGAUGUAUGGAUCUCAAAACUCCAUUAUCGCUAAAAUCCAGGGCACAACUCAGACAGUCUCGUUAUAUGACGUUGAUGAUGGCAGAUUCGAAGACAGACUGCAGUUGGACAAUCAGACUGGAUCUUUGACCAUCAGUGACAUCAGAACCAAACACUCUGGAGAUUAUCAUCUAAAAAUCAUCAGUACAGAGACCUUAGUCAAUACAUUCAGUGUUACUGUCCAUGAUGUGAUCUUUGCAGGGUUAGAAAACAAGAAAAAAGGAGAUUCUGUUACUCUACAAACUGGCUGUUUCUGAUUCACAGAAACAUGAUUUAAUACAGUGGACAUUUGGACCUACGAAUCCAGACACUCUUAUGGCUGAAAUGAACAUAAAGAUUCAUGAAAUUAAGUACAGUCCUGAUGAGAGAUAUAGAGAGAGACUACGUCUGGAUCAUCAGACGGGAUCUCUGACCAUCAGAGACCUCAGACCCGCAGACGCUGGUGUUUAUCAACUACAGAUCUCCAACAGUAAAGAGACUCUCUACAAGAGAUUCAAUGUUUUUGUUGCCAUUCCAGAUCCGGGUCUGUCCGCUGGUUAUAUUGUGCUGAUUUGUGUUUGUGUCCUGCUGCCUGUGGCUGCAGCUCUGGGUUUGAUUUACUACAAGUUCAGAUACUCUAAACAGAAAGGUAAGUGUUAUCUACAGCUAAUAUAGCGAAAGGAAUAGACCUAUAUAAGGGUAUAAGGGCCCUAUCAUAUACUUGGCGUAAAAAAAAAAAACACAAGUGUUUUUUGCUAGUUUCAGCCCGAUACAGUUAUCAUUUUCACGUCCUGCACCACGUUGUUUAAAUAACAAAUCCGCUUGCAAAUUCUGCCAUGUAAAUAGCGAAUCCGCCAUGGUGCGAGCACAACUGGCUUUUAAAGGGAAUGGGAGACGAGACUCUGGUUGGUUUAUUGCACGUUACACCCAAAACACACCCAUGACUCAUUAAGAGACUAGGGACAACCCUUUUAGACCAUGUGCCGGGCACGCCGACCAUUUUUCCCAUCGUUAAACUAGCAAAAGUUGAUUUGGACACGCCCUAAGUGCACUUGCGCCGUGCGCUUUAGACCAUGCGCUUAAAUAGUUAAAUAGGCCAUCAUUAAAAUAGGCCCCUAAAAGUUAAUUUCAUUUGCAUUAUUAUGUUUUCAUCUAUUGAGCAACUAUGUAGCUUUAAAGAAUCAUGCAGUAGGUCUUAAGAAAAACAGGAAUUUACUAUAGCUGAAAAGCAGUCUGAAAUUCUUGUUCUUAAGAUACAAUAAAGUUCUAGAAUCCUAUAUAUGUUUAAAAGUUACUUUUAAAAUAAGUUGAAAACCAACAGCAAAAAGAACAUCUCUUUCUUUUUAGAACAGCCCUUUCAUUAGGAAUGCACUUUAAAGUGCUACUUAUGUAGGCAGCUCACUAGCUGAUUUUUUUUUUUUUUUUGUGAAUUUAUUUACAGUAGUACACAAAAUUUUGAAAUUUUGACUACCUGAACAAUGAAACAUCUGUUAAAACAAUUUAUACCUUGGUGUUGAGACAGAAAAGAAAACGGUGUCAGUGACGGAAGGAAAUUCUGUCACGCUGAAAACUGGUGCAACUGAAAUCCAGAGAGAUGAUGAAGUAUUCUGGAAGUUUGGACCGCAAGACAUGAUCAUCGCUCAAAUCCACAAAAAGGGUGGUAACAUUUCGUACACCGAGGAUGAGCAGUUCAAAGACAAACUGCAGCUGGACCAGCAGACAGGAGAUCUGACCAUCAGCGACAUCAGGAUCCGAAUCUCUGGAGAUUAUCAUCUACAGAUCACCAGCAGCAAAGAGACCAAAACAAAGAGAUUCAAGGUUAUUGUACGAGUGGACACACUGAAAUUCACGGAGGGAGAGUCUGUCCAUCUGCAGACCGGUAUUACUGAAAUUCAGAAAGAGGAUCUGAUUCUGUGGAAGUUUGAACCUAAAAAUGCCCUCAUUGCCAAAGUUGAUGGGCAAACCAAUGAGACCAGCGUCUAUGAUGUUGAUGACGAAAGAUUCAGAGACAGACUGGAGCUGGACCGUCGAACUGGAGACCUCACCAUCACAAACACCAAAAGCACCGACUCUGGAGUUUACGAAGUACAGAUCAAGAGCAGCAAUACAGUUUCAUACAAGAAAUUCAAUGUUCUUGUCUGGUUGAAUACGCUGAAGCAUACAGUUGGAGAUUCUGUGAUUCUACAAACUGGAGUUACCGAACUGAAGAAUGAUGAUCGGAUACUGUGGAAGUUUAGCGAUAAAGCCACUUUUAUAGCUGAACUCAACAGAGCCACCAAUCAGACCUUGUUCUAUGAAGGUCCUGAUGGGAGAUUCAGAGACCGAUUGCAGAUAAACCAGCGAACUGGAGAUCUGACCAUCAGGAAUAUCAGCAGAGCACAUUCAGACGUUUAUACAUUACAAAUCACCAGAGGCAAAAAGAUCACAUGCAAGAGAUUCAUGGUGAUUGCCCACGAGAAGACUGUGUCAGCGACGGAGGGAGAUUCGGUCACGCUAUACAAUGAUACUGAAAUACAAGAUGAUGAUCUGAUACUGUGGUUGUUUGGAGCUGAAGACAGACUCAUAGCUAAAAGAGAAAUGAAUAAAAGUGCCUGUGCAUAUUAUGGUACUGAAGGGAAACUCAAAAACAUGCUCAAUCUGAAUCAUCAAACUGGAUCUCUGAUCAUAAAAAACAGCACAACUGAACAUGCUGGAGUUUAUAAACUACUGAUCAUCAGCAGCCGAGAGACUAAAUACAAGAGAUAUAAAGUUACAAUCCAUGAGAGAGAAAGAAAUACAGACGAAGGGGAUGAGCAGGAGGGGAUACGCUUAAUUAAUAUAUUAAACCCUCAACAGUAAUAUAACUGCGAAUUUUGGCACAUUUUGUAUGAUAUUAUGUAAACAAUUUCAGAGAAUUUAUUAUUUUUGGUGCUUGUGAACAAAACUUAAUGUGAUCAUAACGGAACUUGGUUCAAUUGGUUCAUCUAUAUAUAUUUUUAUGUUAUAUAUUUAUGAAUUUAUUUUACUACAAUCCUUAACUUGUUAGCGUAUGGACCUUAUGUGUACUGUAUUGCAGUGAUUUGUUACUGUGUGUUUGUCACAUGAUCACGUCACAUGAACUCUCUGUUUGCUUUUCUGUCACGUGUUCCUUUGUUUGAGUUUCCCGCCACUAUCAGUUACCAUGGACAUUAAUCACAUUCAUCACAGCUGUUCGUUAUUUCUCUUAAUCAGUCAGUGUAUUUAAGUUCCUGUUUGUUUUCAGUUCUUUGUUGGGUCUCGUUUAUGGAUGCAAUGUGUUGGUGUUUGCUCUGCUCUGCUCUGGAUUCUGUGUUUCUCCCUGUGGAUUAUCAAGUAAAGACUUGUUUUACUUUA